AGCCCGGAUGUGCUUGCGAUGCUUCUGGCUUGGACGCUGCGUGAAGUGAGGAGAUGUCGCGUGUGCCGGGCGGCCGGCUUUUGGAGGGCUGCAGGGUCCGUAGUGGCCCUCCAGGCACCUCCCUGCGCGUUCUCUCGUGGCCUUCCCCACGUGGUGCAGAAGAGCCGCGCUUUCUCCACAGACUUUCCCCACUGCAAAGGAAGGAGUGACGGCGGGUGGGAUGAGAGGGGUCCCAUCCAGUGGCUGUCCGCAGAGGAGGAGCAGGAGGACGAGGAGGAGAUCGAAGACCUCUUAGUCCCGCACUCCGCCUCCCUGCUCCACGGGACGCAGCAUGUUUUUAUUGUGCAUCCUGAUGUGAAGUGGGGGCCAAAAAAGCACUACGCAACCACUGCUGACCUCCAGGUUGCCGAGGCGGUCGCUCUGGUGCACAGUCUUCCUAACUGGACAUUGGUGGACAAGUUAAUUAUGUCUACGAAAUCUCCCGACAGCAAACUCAUAUUUGGCAAAGGGAAUUUCCAAGUGCUUACAGAGAUCAUUAAAGGGCUUCCUCAGAUUACUGCGGUCUUUGUGAAUGUGGAAAGACUUUCUCCUCUGACUGAGAAAGAACUUGAAGAAGCCUGGCGAGUGAAGGUGUUUGACAGAUAUAAAGUUGUCCUAAAUAUUUUCCGCUAUAACGCUCGCACGAGGGAGGCCAAGCUGCAGAUUGCGUUGGCUGAGCUCCCGCUGCUUAGAUCAAGUCUAAAAAAUGAGAUGGCCCAUUUGGAUCAGCAAGGAGGUGGAUCAAGAUAUAUCAUGGGCUCAGGUGAAACAUUCUUGGAAAUACAGCAGCGAUUGUUAAAGGAGAGGGAGACGAAGAUCAAAAAUGCCUUGGAGAAGCUAAGAAGAACGAGAAACCUGCUGAGGACACAACGCAGGCGCAGAGAGUUUCCCAUCAUCUCAGUAAUGGGUUAUACCAACUGUGGGAAAACAACUUUGAUUAAAGCAUUGACUGGAAACAUAGACCUCCAGCCCCGUGACCAGCUCUUCGCCACCCUUGAUGUCACAACCCACGCAGGCUUGCUCCCCUGCCGUAUGCCUGUUAUUUAUGUUGACACCAUUGGGUUUCUUUCCCAGCUACCACAUGAUCUAAUUGCAUCUUUCUCUGCCACGUUAGAAGAUGUGGUGCAUUCGGAUUUAUUAAUCCACGUAAGAGAUAUCAGCCAUCCUGAAGCUGACAAUCAGAAGGCCAGCGUCCUGUCCGUUCUGGAGAAGCUGAACGUCCCUCAGCAGCUCCUCGACACAAUUAUUGAGAUUCAUAACAAAAUUGAUUUAGUGGAAAAUCACAAUAACACUGACUCGGCGGCCGUGCCCGUGUCUGCACUUCUUGGGUAUGGCUUGGAGGAUUUGAAAAGGAAAGUGGAGGCUGCAGUGAUGAAAAGCACUGGAAGGACCGUUCUGACUAUAAAAGUGAAUCUGGAGAGUCCCCAGUUAAGCUGGCUGUACAAGGAGGCGACCGUACAGGAGCUUAAGGUGUGUCCAGAAGAUGGAACGGCCAAUGUACGAGUGAUUAUAACUAAUGCUGCAUAUGGACGAUAUAUCAAACUAUUUUGCAAAUGAGACGUGGCUGCUACAGUAGAUGAGCAGACUGUGGCAGAAAAUGUUUCUUGUAAGACUCUACCCUUUUAUUUAUAAAAUGAACGUGGAGCUUGUUGGGAUUAGCGUUCCAAUCAAGGCGUAAGCUUCAUGGAUACGCACGCGAUGGCAGAGUACCUGGGUACUGAUGCACUUUGUUACUAAUACUGCAAUUGCAGACCUCUGUAUAGAACCAAGGCGUAUUUAUUUCUGAGUGAUUUGUAGAAAAACCUUAUCAACUAGCUGUUUUUUGAUAAAAAAAAAUAAAUAAAUGUAUUUACUACUUGUCUUAUAAAGGUGGUUGUGGAACUAAAGGGUAACGGUAUGGGUAAAGUUAGAGAAGCAACUGACAAGGUAGGUGAAUUAUUGUGCAUUUUUAGUUAGCAAUGCAAAAUGGUAAGAAUAGAUAUUUAUUGCUGUUUUUCAAAGCAUUUAAGUGUUUGCACAUAACACCCUGCCAGCAGGGGAAAAAAAUCUUCCAUUAAAUGUAAGGACAUACCAUUUCAUUUAACAAUAUGAUGCUGUACAUUUGCUAUUAAAAACUGAAUGCUACACUCAGAAACAGGAUUUGCUUAGAAAAGUACAUGUGCGUAUGUGCAUCG